UGUGGAACUCCCUAUUUUUGUUUCCCCCCAGAAGAGGGACUUUCUCAACUGAGAAAGUCUCAGCUGUUAUAUUUAAUAUCCCUAAUAUUAGCAGUAUUUAGCACAUUCAGCUAAAUUCCUUCCUUAAUAUUUGACUAAUUAAUCUUGUAAGGUAAAAUACAAACUCUUCAAUCAGACAUUAAAGUUCCUGCAUAACCUGGCUUCAAUAUCCCAAUCCAGCCUGAUCAUAUUAAAUUCCCCAUAACGCAGCCCAACUGGACUAUCAACUUUACAUAAAUAACUCUAAUCCUUUGCACUAACCAUCCCCCAUAAUUAAGAUUGAUCCCCUUUUCAGCCCUGACUUUCACACAAUUAUAAUUUAUUUUCAUGAUUUAGAUCAUUCAUCCUCAGUGAAGGUUCAGGGUCACGCAGCUGAAAGGCAGAAUUCAAACUCUUGUCUUCUCGACUCCAAGAAGCCCACUAGCCUGUAUACUCUCUCUAUUGCCUUUUGAAAAAGAAGAGGUUUUUUUUUUUUUGCAAUCUUUUCCUUUUUUUUUUAACAUUUAAUUUUAAUUUUAUUUUUCUCAAUUACAUGUAAGCAAACAUUUCAAACAUUCUUUAAAAAAAAACCUCGAGUUCCAUAUUCUCUCCUUUUCUCUUCUCCUUCCCCCCUCCUUGAAAAGGCAAGUAAUUUGAUAUAGAUUAUAAAUGUGCAGUCAUGUAAAACAUUUCCAUAUUAGCCAUUUUGCCAAAGAAAACACAAUUUUCCCCUAAAACAACAAAUAUCCCCCCACCAGGAAAAAAAAAAAAAAAGUAUGCUUUCAUUUGGACUCAGAUUUCAGUUAGUUCUUUCUCGAUAGAAUUUUUUUUUCAUUUUCUUAGAACAUUUUUCAUCAUAAAUCCUUCAGAACUGUCUUGAAUUACUGAAUUGCUGAGAAUCGCUACGUCAUUCACAGUUGACCAUCACACAGCGUGUACAGUGUUCUCCUGGUACUACUUACUUUGCAUCAGUUCAUAUAUCUUCCAGGUUUCUCUGAGAGCAUCCCGCCCGUCGUUUCUUUUAGCCAAAUAAUAUCCCGUCACAACCAUAUACCAUAACACGUGUAGCCAUUCCCCAAGUAAUGGGCAUCCCCUCGCUUUCCAGCUGCUAUAAAUAUUUUUGCACAUAUUGAUCAUUUUGCUUUUUCUUUGAUCUCUUUGGGCUACAGAGCUUCUAAUGAUAUUGCGGAGCGAAACGGUGUAUAUGCUUGACAUAGAUAUAUCUCUUGAUCUAGCUGGAAAAACCGGUUUCUGCAUCCGUCAGCAGUCGCUCACAUUCCCGGGAGGCUGGAAUGCUGGACAUUGUAGUUGCCCCCUCCCUAUCUAGAGCCCUAGAUCGGGGAGCUGAGAGGACUACAAUUCCCAGAAUCCUUUGCUUCGCCUCGCAGCCCAUGUGCCUAUCAGGAAGAGCGCAGAGAUCGGUGGCCAAGAUGUCCGCAGAGGGCUAAGUGGCCCCGGCUCUCUGCUGGAGCCGGAGGUGAGCUUUCCACGGUGGAUCUGACUCUCGUGGGUAAAAGUGGCCCAGCUUUGGUUCAGAUCUUGCGCCAUGUGGGGCGUUCCAGCGGCAGCGGCAGCAGCAAGUCGUUGCUAAGUGCCAGGUGUCAUAUUAGGUUGACUCAGGUGAAGGCGGGCGGAGGGGGCCCGGGGGCUCGAGAUUCUUCCGAGAAGCGCCCCCCGGCAACCUCAGCGGAAGCAAAACCUCGCCAAGUUCCAGGUGGACUCAGGUUCAGUCGGGCGGAGGAGCCAGGGGAGUCCUCGGAGGACCCCCGCCCCCACCCUCACCCCAGCCUCGGCAGCAGAAGAAGCGAGGCAUUGCCAAGUUCAAGGUUGAAUCGGUAAAUUGGGGCAGAGGCGGCCCGGACGCUGAUGACUGCCCAGCCCCACCCCCCGCUGGCAGGACCGUUGGGAGCCUAGCGCUUUCUGUCUGUUCCCAGGAAGAACACUUCCCGGCUUUCCCAGUCCUCUCCUAGAGGGGUCCAAACCCUAAUACUAGCCCACCUCGGAUAAGUCCCUUCUCACUGGGCCUCAGUUUUCUCAUCUGUAAAAUGAGGGGGCUGGACUUGAUCUCCCAGUGCUCUGACUCCUGAGUCUGUGCUCCUGGCAGGGGGGCAGGACACCGUGUAGAUGGGCUUUCUCCUAUUCCCAGGCAAACCGCAGGUGAGGGAGUAGCGGAUAGAAGGGCAUCCAUCCCAAAGCCUCCGGCUGAAAGGUACCGGCCACAAGUGAGCCAUGAAAAACGAAGCGUCCGUGCCCGCGGCCCUGGGGCUCAGGGGUUGCGUGGGGCCGCUCCGAAGCAGCGAGCCCGUGGGUCUGGAGCCCCCGCCUUCCGUGCUCCAGAGCCUGCUGGAGGAGGCUGCUGACUACUUAGUGGUGCACCGGGACUUCGAGGCAUGCCUGGAAACGUGCCAAAGGGGCUGCGAGAAACUGGGCUCUGACUGGCAGGCAGAGGAGUAUGAGGACAGCAAGGACCUGAAGUGCUUCCUGUGUGUGGUGGGGAUCCAGGCCCUAGCAGAGAUGGAUCGAUGGCGAGAAGUUCUCUCUUGGCUUCUGCAGUAUUAUCCACACCUAGAACAUCUGCCCCCCAAAAUUCUGGAACUGUGCAUUCUUUUGUACAGCAAAGUAAAGGAGCCCCAGGCGAUCCUGGAGGUGGCCAGCAGUUGGUUGAGAGAGCCAGCCAAUCGAGACCUUCCAGAAUAUGGGGCCAUAUUUGAACUGCAUCUUUUUCGGGUGCUGUUGCCCUUGCACUGUUGGACAGCUGCAGAGGACAUGACUGCGCUCUGUGCCGAGGAGGAGCAGCGACAGGCCGCUUCUCAAGCCAUAGCCACAGCAAGGCAGCAGCAAGAGGAGAGCCUCGAGAAAACCCAGGAACCACAAAGGGAGAACCAGGGAGGUACCUUCUGCAGAAAGCUGCUGGCUCUGUGGAAGUUGCUACGUUGGUUGCUAGAGUCUGUGGUGGACCAUGUCCUUUCUCUGCCCUUAAAGAAGACCUUCCUGAUUGCUUUGAUCCUGUGCCUCUUGAUGGUGAGAUUUGAUCCAGCUUGUCCUUCUUCACUGCCUUUCUUCUACAAGUUGGCUCACAUCUUCUAUCGCAUUCGAGGGACCAUAUUUUCUCCAUGCUACCUGUCGUCUUAUAAUUCGUGAUGGAGUGAGCUUUGGAACCUACUCGACUGUUCCAUUCUUGAGAUGGAAAAUGUUGCAAAUACUGUGAGAAAAGCUAUGGUACAAGAAAUAAUAUACUGUAUAACAGAAGAGAGGGGAUUAUAUUCAGAAAUAAAGGUAAUUUCUUUCUCCCCCCUUUUAUAGUAAAGCUUUUUAUUUUCAAAAAUAUAUUUUGAAAUACAUGGAUAAUUUUCAACAUUCACCCUUACAAAAUUUUGUAUUCUAAAUGUUUUCUCUCUCUUCCCUUCACCCCCUCCCCUAGACAAUAAGUAAUCCAAUAUAUGUUAAACAUGUGCAAUUUUUCUAUACACAUUUUUACAAAUAAAUGAAGGUAAUUUCUUAUUUAUUUUUAUUAAAGCUUUUUAUUUUUCAAAACAUAUGUAUGGACAAUUCUUUAACAUUAGGCCUUGCAAAACCUUGUGUUCCAAAUUUCCCUCCCUAAGUGAAGGUAAGUUCAAAACAAGUUAUCAACAAUAAUUUUUUUUAAAUAAAAAAUUGAAGCCAUCAUAUAUAUAUAUAUAUAUAUAAUUCUCCUCAAAAUUUUGAGUGUGCCUCUAUUCAUUAAAAAAUAAAUUCCAAACUCCUCCAUCUGGAAUUAUUUGAUCCCAUUCCUCCUACAUGGUAUAUAAUUUUUCUUCAGCAUGAAUACUCCUUCCAGUAUGAACAUUCUGCUGAGUCAGCUAUCUUUGACUGGCACUUAAUGUUGAAACCUUCCCUUGGUAAUUACUUUACUUCCCUUUCCUUCCUGCCUUGGCCAUUUUAUUGAAAGUGCAUCCUUUGAAUUUUCAGAUAAUCUUCCUUUCCCCUCUUCAGAGGUAUUGGUAGUAUUGAUAUUUGUUGACCACACAUAUUCUUUAUCUCUUCUUUUCUUUUCUUUUCUUUUCUUUUCUUUUUUUUUGUGAUGGCAAAAAUCUUUUUUUUUUUUAAAUAACUUUUUAUUGACAGAAUCCAUGCCAGUGUAAUUUUUUACGGCAUUAUCCCUUACACUCACUUCUGUUCCAAUUUUUCCCCUCUCUCCCUCCACCCCCUUCCCCAGAUGGCAAAUAGUCCUUUAUAUGUUGAAUAGGUUACAGUAUAUCCUAGAUACAAUAUAUGUGUGCAGAACCGAACAGUUUUCUUGUUGCACAGGGAAAAUUGUAUUCAGAAGGUAUAAAUAACCUGGGAAGAAAAACAAAAAUGCCAGCAGUUUAUAUUCAUUUCCCAGUGUUCUUUCUUUGGGUGUAGCUGUUUCUGUCCAUCCUUGAUCAACUGAAACUGGAUUAGCUCUCUUUAUCGAAGAGAUCCACUUCCAUCAGAAUACAUCUUCAUACAGUAUCGUUGUUGAAGUAUAUAAUGAUCUCCUGGUCCUGCUCAUUUCACUCAGCAUCAGUUCAUGUAAGUCUCGCCAGUCCUCUCUGUAUUCAUCCUGCUGGUCAUUCCUUACAGAACAAUAAUAUUCCAUAACGUUCAUAUACCACAAUUUACCCAGCCAUUCUCCAAUUGAUGGGCAUCCAUUCAUUUUCCAGCUUCUAGCCACUACAAACAGGGCUGCCACAAACAUUUUAGCACAUACAGGUCCUUUUCCCUUCUUUAGUAUCUCUUUGGGGUAUAAGCCCAGUAGAAACACUGCUGGAUCAAAGAGUAUAUCUCUUAUUUUCAUGAUUAAGCACUUUUCUGGAUUUUCUACCUAAUAAACUCUUUUUCACUGCUGACUCUUUUUGCUACAAGGUUCCACCCUCAGAGUUCAUUUAUUGUGAAUGCUUUACAGUAGAAUUUGAGCUAAGGUGAGUCAAGGCAGACACUGGAAUUUAUCUAAAGGGAUUCAGUCUCACAGGUGUAAUUUAGAGGGGGACCACUUCUUCCCCACCGAUUGUUCAAAGAUGUUUAACUGCUGGAUAGGAGGGGUGUUAAGUUCAGUCGGACCAACAGAUCUACUGUCCUCCUCUUUCCAAGUAACUUGUCCAAUUCAAGUGGGCCUUCUUAUCCUGGAAGAGCUUCUACCUCUAUUCCUUUUAUUAUUUUUCUGGUUAUGCAUAUACAUUAAUUUUUAAAAAUAUACACUUCUUUAUAUAUCAUAUUGGGAGAGAAAAAUCAGAACAAAAGAGAAUAAUCACAAAAGGAAAAAAAAUGAAAACGUGAACAUAGUAUGUGUUGAUUUACAUUCAUUCUUCAUCGUUCUCUCUCUGGAUGCAGGUGGUGUUUUCUAUCCAAAGUUUAUUGGAAUUGCCUUGGGUCCUUGAACCGCUGAGAAGAACCAAGUCUUUCAUACUUGAUCAUAGCACAAAUAUUCUUGUCGCUGAAUACAAUGUAUUACUGGUUCUACUUGUUUUGCUCAGCAUCAGUUUGUGUUUCUUUUCAGGUCUUUCUAAAAUCAUGACUGUGCAUGAUUUUUUAUAAAAUAAUAAUAUUCUGUUACUUUCCUAUACCAUAACUUAUUCAGUCAUUCCCCAACUGAUGGGCAUCUAUUUAUUUUCCAGUUCCUUGUCACCACAAAAAGAACUGAUACAAACAUUUUUAUAUAACCUCCAGCUCUAUGCCUCCAACUGGUCAGUCCUUCAUUUUAUUUUAUUUUUUUAUUUUUAAUUUAAAAUUCUAAUGGCAUAUUAUUUUUCCAAUUCCAAGUAAAGAUGGUUUUCAACAUUAAUUUUUAUAAGAUUUUGAGUUCCUUUUUUUUUUUUUUUCUCUCCCUCUCUUACCUCCUUCCUCCCUGAGACAGGAAACAAACUGUUGUAGGUCAUGCAUGUACAAUCAGUUUUUAACAUUUUCACAUGAAUCCACAUGAGUUGAGAAAGUAAAAUCAGAACAAAAAAGGAAAAACCACAAAAGACCACAACAAAACAACAAAAAGUAUGCGUUGAACCACAUUUGAUUUGUUCUUUGGUUUGGAUGGCAUUUUUCAUUUAAAAUCUAUUGGAAUUAUCACGGAUCACUGUGUUGCUAAGAAGAGAUAAAACCUAUCAUAGUUGAUCACAUAGUCUUUCUAUCUAUUAUUGUGUCAGUGUUUUCCUAUUCUACUAACUUUACUCAACAUCAGUGUAUAUGAGUCUUUCCAAGCCUUUCUGAAAUGAACCUAUUCAUCAUUUCUUGUAGAAUAGUAUUCCAUUACCUUUGUAUACCAUAACUUAUUCAACCAUUCCCCAAUUGAUGGGUAGCCCCUCAAUUUCUAAUUCCUUGCCACCUUUGACCAUUUCUCAGUUGGGGAAUAAUUUGUAUUUUUAUACAUUUGACUCCAUUAUCUAUAUAUUUUAGGAAUGAAGCCUUUAUCAGAAACACUGGCUAUAAAAAUUGUUUCUCAUCUUUCUGCUUCCCGUCUAAACUUGGCUGCAUUGGUUUUGUUUGUGUAAAACCCUUUUAAUUUAAUGUAAUUAAAAUCAUCCAGUUUUAGAAAAUUAAAGUCUAAACUUUUAACAGUU